GGAGGUUGGGUAUUUGAAUAUCAUCUUCUCAAAUCAUGAAACUUCGUUAGUAGAGAGUGAUUUGUUUUGACACUUUGAACCAGCAUCAAUAGUUUUCUAAUAAUACUAAUAAAUAUUACUCCUAUUUAAAACUUUUUUUAAGAUGCCGAGUGUGCGUGUCAUAUGCAAUCAUCUAUUUUAAUAUACUUCCUGUGAUUUGGUAGCAACUCAAACUGUUUAUUUUCUCAAACUUAUUUUCGUUCUGUUCAAAUCUUUUGAAAUGUUUACAAUUUUAUUUUACUUUUUGCUAAUGUAUAUGUAAAGAACAUUUAUUUAUCAUGCGUGAAAUCUGACAUGAACGAAGACUUUACGGACACUAUUAUCAUAUCAUGCGUCAAAUUGUGAUGCUUGGGAAGAAGGUUCAAUAAAGGAUUCUCAUGAUGAACGAGAGGCAACGGUUUGCUCAGCUCUUGAGGGUUUGCUCAAAGAAUUUGUUUUUAGAUCAAGGAUUGCAGGUUCAUACCACAGUUGUGAAAUCGGGUUAUGGGUUUGAUAUGAUGAUAAACAAUGACCUUAUAGAUAUGUAUGGAAAAUGUGGCAGGGUCGAGAUGGCAUGUAAAGUGUUUGAUAGAAUGCUUCAAAGAAACGUUGUUUCUUGGACGUCUCUUAUGUGUGGGUACCUAAAUCAAGGCAAUGCCAAAAGCUCAUUAUUACUCUUAAGUCGAAUGGGAAGUUCCAUGGUUAAACCGAAUGAGUUCACAUUUUCUACCAACUUUAAAGCUUGUGGAUUCGUAGGUGUUCCCGAGAAUGGGAUGCAGGUUCAUGGCUGGUGCUGUAAAACGGGCUUUGAAUGGUUCCCAGUGGUGGGAAAUUCUUUGAUAGACAUGUAUUCAAAAUGUGGGAGAAUCGAGGCUGCAUCUCAGGUGUUCGAUGAAGUGCCUGAGAGAAGUCUGAUAACUUGGAAUGCAAUGAUAUCAGGAUAUGCAGUCGGACACAUGGGUGACAAAUCCUUGGAUUUAUUCAAGGAGAUGCAGAUACAAGGAAAAAACCCCGAUGGGUUUACUUUCACAAGCACUUUGAAAGCUUGUGCUGGUCUUGGAGAAUUGGAGGCUGGGAGACAAAUCCACGGGUUUCUAAUUUCAAUGGGUUUUCUUUUGUCACAACAAACAAUCGUUGCAGGUUCACUUAUUGAUUUGUAUGCAAAAUGUGGGUCUUUACGUGAUGCACAGAAGGUGUUUGAUCAAGUCGAAAGAAAGAGUGUCAUCUCCUGGACAACGCUAGUUGUAGGCUAUGCUCAAGAAGGAAACUUGUCAAAAGCUAUGGAGUCAUAUAGUGCACUUAGAAAGAGCAGCUUUCCUAUUGACGGGUUUGUUCUCUCCAGCGUGAUGGCAGUGUUCGCUGAUUUUGCUCUUCUUGAACAAGGUAAGCAAAUGCACGCUUACAUAACCAAAGUCCCAUUCGGUCUAGACAUCUCUGUGGCAAAUUCAGUGAUGGAUAUGUAUCUGAAGUGUGGUGUAACAGAAGAUGCAGAUAAGGUGUUUGAAGAAAUGCCUAAGAGAAACGUGGUAUCUUGGACAAUCAUGAUAACAGGAUAUGGAAAACAUGGACUUGGUGAACAAGCGAUUAACAUCUUUGAGAACAUGAAAUCAGAAAACAUUUCACCUGAUGGAGUAACUUACUUGGCCAUACUCUCAUCUUGUAGCCACUCUGGUUUAGUUGAGAAAAGUCAACAAUACUUUUCAAGAUUACUCAACGACCCCAAAAUCAAACCGAAUGUGGAGCAUUAUGCUUGCAUGGUUGAUCUUCUUGGUAGGUCUGGUCGUUUAAAAGAAGCAAGAAAUCUUAUCAAGAACAUGCCCGUGAAGCCUAAUUCAGGUAUCUGGCAGACAUUGCUUAGUGCUUGUAAACUACACAAAGAUUUGGAAAUGGGACGUGAAGUUGGUGAAAUUCUUAUGAAAAUGGAUGAUGUAAGUGUUGUAAACUAUGUCAUGAUGUCAAGCAUCUAUGCGAAUGCGGGUUUAUGGAAAGAGAGUGAAAAGGUUAGAAAGUCGGUCAAAGUGAAGGGGUUAAAUAAAGUAGGUGGUCAAAGUUGGGUGGAGAUUGAUAAAUCGAUUCACUUUUUCUACAAUGGAGAUGAGAGGCAUCCAUUGACAUCAAGAAUCCAUGAAAAGUUGAAGGAAAUGGAAAAGAGAUUGAAGGAGGAAGUGCAAUUUGCUUAUGAAGUUAGGUUUUCAUUGCAUGAUGUGGAGGAGGAAUCGAGGGAAGAGAGUUUGAGGGUUCAUAGUGAGAAGUUGGCUAUCGGGCUUUUUUUGGUUCAUAAUGAUGGGAUUGAAAAGGAGAGGGGUUGUAUUCGGAUUUUUAAAAACUUGAGGGUUUGUGGCGAUUGUCACGAGUUUAUAAAGGGGUUGUCAAAGAUAUUAACCAAAGUGUUUUUAGUUAGAGAUGCUAAUAGGUUUCAUAAAUUUGAAAAUGGUGAGUGUUCUUGUGGAGAUUAUUGGUGACUUAAUCAAACAUUGUUUACAUAACGUGAACCGAAAACAAGAAUUGUCAUAUGCAUUCCCCAAGAUUGUUAGGUGAUGUUUAUUGUAUUGGGGGCAUUAUUGUCAUUUCAUAUCAACUUGUCUUCAUCAGGUAAAUUCUCACAAGAGCAUUGGGACUUCGUGACAUAUCAUGUUGCAUGAGUGAUAUAAAAAUUGUUACUGCAAAAAUGUUAUUUGUUUAGUAAUUUGGAAUCACAUCAUUGUGCAGAUUCAUUUGGAAGAAGUUUCCAAGACAAGCACAUGAUGUGUAUUUAGGUGAUACUGAAAAUAUGUUGCAGUGAGGAGGUAUAUCCUAAAAAAGCGAGGCAUGAGGAGAAGUUAUAAUGCCUUGGUGAUGAAUCUCAAUUUUUAUCUUAAUAUUUUAAGGUUUGCCAAUUUAUCAUAACAAUCAUUGUUUUUUGUGGUUACAGGCGGUUUUGGCUUAUGAUUCCACUAAACAAACAAAAAGAGUCUUUUUCCUAUUUUUAAAGCAGGUAAAUUCUAUUUUCUCGAAUAUUUUUGGGUCAAACUCUAAGCUUGUGUUUGAUUCGCAAAAUGUUUUUGAAAGGGAGUUGUUGACAUGGAAAAUAAUUUGUUUUCUAUUUGGUUUGCUCAAACAAAUUGAAAAAUUAAUUUUGUUAUAUGAUAGAAAUAGUGAUUUUUUUGUAACUUAUUAUAUUUUUAUAAUAAACAUGAAGAAGUUUUACAGAUAUAUAUUAGGAAUCAUGAAUUGUGAUACGAGCCAUCUAUUAAAAACUUCAAAUUAUGUAUGAAGAGUAUUUUUUGCAGCGGCAUCACGGCAUGUUGAUUAAAGAAUUAGGGUUACAAGUUUUUGAGUAGAUCACAUUAUUGUUCAUCAAAUUCGUUAUUUUAUUUUUCUAUUUCUGAAUUAAUCAAUUAACUAUUUUAUUUUUAAUCUUAGACGAUUUUUAAACAAUUGUGGUUUCAAGUUUUUGAAUUAUUUUGCUACUCGUUUAUAUUUUGUAAAUUGUUUGGCCUAACGUAAAACCAAAUCUUGGCUACGCCACUGAUCGUCACGGUUUUCUCCUUCCAAAUUCCAAAAAUUUAACAUGGUUUCCAGAUCACGUAUUAUUUUCCUACUUGCUUUGAAAUUUCAGGAAUUACCAUAGAAGUUUUUUUUCCCUUCUAGAAUUGCUUGAUUCAUGAUAUUCGUUGUUUUUUUUUUUCAAGUUUUUCUCCAAGAACGUUAGAUGCAAUAGUUAUUCGCUUAAUAACAACAUCAACUCUACUUUUUCUCUAUGCAUUUGGAGAUUUUUCAUUUUCUAUGGUUUGUUCUUUAAAACCGUCUUUUAUUGGUUCGGAUUGUUUUUCAUUGUUUGCAUCUUUUUCCAUUUGGGCAAAAUCUUUGCCUUUAUUCCCUUGAGCUCUAUCAUUUCCAAAAAGGAUACAUAAAUCCUCGUAAUGAGGAAAUAUCUUAUUUCUUCAUUUUCCUGCCUCUUUAUAAUCUAUUUUGUAUCAUAAAAUGUUAGCACAUAAAAAUAUAUUAUAAAUAGUUAAGAAGUAACAAAAUACCUAAAAGUUUUAAUGUUUGAACGGCGAGAGUACAUUUGUUGUUAUGAGUGUCUCUCAUAUGUACUCAUCAAUUCGUUAAAUACUCAUUGGCAAUUAACAUUCCUUUAAGUAUACAAUUUUGAUAUUCAACUUUAUAUGUCAUUUUGGUCCUAGUGUAUACUCUUGUUGUUAUUACCGAUUUGUCAUUUCUUCUUCCGUGUUCUAUGCGUUGACAUUUUUGCAUGACAUCUUUUAUGUUUGAUAUUAUUCUCUGAUUUCGUGAUAUGUACGGGCUAUUGCGGGUUUCUUUGUGGAGUUUUUGAGCAGGCUAUACAACCCGCAACUGAUCCCUCUCUUUCUCUAAACUCUCUCUCUCUCCAGCACGUGGUUUCUUUUGUUUUCAAUUCUAUUCACAAUCAAAUGUAUGCAUAUGACAUUAUCACUAUUCAACCCAUGUGAUUGUAAUUUUGUACUUUUUUUUUGUUAUAUAUUUUUGUAAACAUUUCAUUCAAUUUUAAUGCAUGAAUGGUAAACCUUUUGUUUC